AUGGACAGAGCUUUGUUAGCAUUAUCCCUCAAAUAUGAUGAUGAUUCCCCUUUCACUCUCCCGGAUCUCCCCCAGUACUAUGCCACAGAAAGGAACACAUGCAGCAUCAUCGGUCGCCUUCUCAACCCAGAAUUUCAGAGGAUGUCUCAUUUGAUCCUUGAAUUACCUAGAAGAUGGCAGAAGGCGAACACGGGUAGAGGUUUUGCUUUAACUAAAGAAAGGUUUCAAUUUGUGUUCAUGCAUGAACACGAUCUCAAUGAAAUCCUUGAUAAAGAAAAAGUUGCUUUUGAUCCUGACAAACCCCAAAGACAGAGUUAUGUCCGGGUUAAAAUUCGUUUUCAUGUCUCGAAGCCUUUGAAGAAGACAAGGAUUAUAAACCUUCCUGGUGGAGAUCAAACCACGAUCUAUUAUUAUUAUGAAAGGGUUCAGAUGCGAUGUCAUCACUGUCAAAGAUUAAUACAUGCAAAGCCAAGAUGCCCUUUUCUCAUCAACUCUGAAGGAGCAAACAAACGUAUCUCACCUUGCAUGUCUCUAUCUCAGAUCCCUAAACCGAUCCAGGUCCUCUCUGAAUCUGAUCCUCUCUUUGGAGUGUUAAAAGAGAAUCAAGUUGGAAUCAACCCCAUCUCUGGCUGGCCGCGAAUUGCUCCUGAGAUUCUACAAGAAAUGCGUAAUUACUUGCUUGCCUCCAGCAAUGAAGAUCGUCAUGUUCGUGAGCAGAGGGUCAUCUCCUCAGUUAAAGAAGCUGAACAGAAUCCUACCACACAGAGGUCUAUCCUUCAGCUCAUUCCCCCUCCUGUCUUUACUAAAGAUCUUGAUAAGGGAAAAGGUUUAGUCUUUGGAUACGAUAAAGAAGACCUCGCUUUGAAGUCUCUCUUCUCAAGCUCACAACCUAAGCUUAUGGUUUCAGCAAUAGCAGCAGGGAGUUCUAUAAUAAACCCUACAACAAACGUUUUUUGUCGCCUGACUCUGCAAGCUCCUCAAGACUCUAUGUCCCUACCGUCAAGCUCUCUGCUACAACAGUCUAGCUCUCUGAUUCAACAAUCAAGCUCUCCUAUUAUCUUCUCAGCUAAAGCGCCAAUCACUAAGGUUUAUGGUAAAAGGAAGCCGGGAAGGUAUAGAAAGGUCCAGAGAACUCAUAAAAAAUCUCAGGAAGUAUCAGAGGUCUCUUGUGACUUGGCACGACCUGAAGGUAGUUCGCAGAAGAAAAGGAAGGCAGAAGGUGAUUUGGCAGGUGCAUCCAAGGCUGCUAAGAGCAAUGCAUCAUUGAUGGUCCCGCGGGAGGGACCGUCCAACGCCUAA